AUGGCUACCUCAGGAGCUCCGUCGCGAGAGGAGAUCAGAAGUCGGAAACGAGCCAUGCAAAUCGACUUGGAUCAAGGCGCGACGGGACUCUCUGCGAAGGAGAUGAGAUUCCACUUCGCAACCGCCCGGCCGAUGACGACUGUGACUGUUUUGGAGACACCCGAUCUCGAAAAAGUCGUCCUCACCAGUCCUCAGCUCGAGGCAAUCCUGCAGCAAGGUUUCACGGAGCUUGGAUCCAAGUUUUUGGAGUCACCUGUUCAGUUGCGUUUGACUCCAGUCGGGGCAGCAGAUCCCGUCAGAGCUCAACUGAGAGGACCAGCGCCAGUCUCAACGGCGGCGACCUCACCGCGAACAUCCGCAGCGGGAACAUGGGCCUCACCGCAAACAUCCGCAGCGGGAACUUGGGCCUCACCGAGGGCAUCGGUAGCACUGCGAUUCAGUGUAGCACCGCAUGCUCCGGUAGGACCGCAGGCAUCGGGAGCACUGCGAUUCAGCGUAGUACCACAGGCUCCGAUAAUACCGCAGGCAUUGACAGCACCGCAGGCAGCAUUGACAGCUUUCGCCGGGGCUGUCCAUGUUCUCAGACCUCAAGCGUCCGCAUUUCAAGAAAUAUCGAACGUGCGUCAACCGGCAAGAAGGAUGGUCGAACCGAGCAGGGUCGUUCCCGCAGGGGCUCCGGGACCUUCAUCAACGAAUCCAACGGAUCCCUCGAGCUUCGACAGGCUCCAGGACAAACGGGCGAGGAAUCGCAUCGCUGCAGCGAAAUGUCGCCAGAAGAAAUUGGAUCUCAUCGCCGAGCUGAGGGAAUCUAUCGCCAGGCACACAUCUGGGACACCCUCCACGCUGCAGACAUGCGCGACAGCGUCGACGCACGCUGGAGGGCUCGACAGUUCGGAUUCCGACGCGAGCUCUGAACCUUCGGGAGGGCCCAGCACAAGCGGAGAACCUCCAUCGGUGGCAGGCCCAUCCAAUGCGACUCCCGCUCAAUCAUCGCAGAACGCCAGACGGAGAUCUGCGAACCUCACCACUCCUGAGAAGCUCGAAGACAGGAGGGCCAGGAAUCGCAUUGCGGCAGCCAAGUGUCGCAAAAAGAAACUUGAUCUGAUAGCCAGUCUUCAGCAUCAGAAAGCCCUUCUGGAACGAGGGCAGAGUGUUUCGAGCAUGGAGGGCAAUGAGUCACAGGAUUAG